AUGAGUACUGAAAGACAGCAAAUACAUACUCGGACUCAGACUCGAAUUGACGUUCCAAGUAUUGCAGAGACGUUGGCAAACAAACAGAAACAGCAGCACUACCACCAGACAGCGUCAAAAGCCUUUCACUAUGAACCUGAGGUGCUGGCAAAGUGCACCAACAAAGCUGGUAUCGGUGAGCAGAGGGCAUUACUCAGCCAUGUGAGGUGA